CUUUAGGGUGCACACGCACUUCCUCUAUCCCAUGAUGCUUUGCGAACAGUGAGAUUACAUGGCUGUGUUUUUCGUAACAAGCUUUUUGCUAGAUGUUUCGUUAGAAAGCUAGAAAAAAACUGAUGGGUUAGUUCCUUUACAGUAGGUUUCAGGUUAUUGUCAUAUUCAAAUACAUUAGAUAAAGUGACAUUUGGUCGUUUAUGAAAAAUGCCCAAGUAUUACGAGGAAAAGGAAGAAGAUAACAGAGCAUGUUCUGGAAUAAGAGAGGACUUCAAAUCGUGUCUCCUUCAACACGAUUGUGUUUUGAAGGAGGGGAAAUCACCAAGUGAAUGUCUGAAGGAAGGCCACUGCAAAGCUUUGCAAGUGUCAUUUUUUGAGUGCAAAAGGUCAAUGCUCGAUACCAGAUCACGAUUUCGAGGACGAAAAGGAUAUUGACCAAUACCAGCACUGACCUGAAUACUGGAUUUCAUUGUAAAUAAUAUGUAUGACUUGAAGCGAAGUUCAUUUUGUGCCCAAUAGGGCACGAUCCCCGCAGUGAGAGAUUUAAAAAAAACAAGCGUUUUCUUUUAUUUUUCCACACGUUUAUGACUUUCUUUUCUGAUGUGAGGGAUGUUGAGCGCAGCUCCUCGUUAAAAAUAAGGGACGGCUGAGAAAAUGAGUCGAGCUACAGCUUUUUAUUUAAUGUAAAAAUGCUCCUCUUGACUACAAAACCUGCAUAAUGGGAAACAGUUCAUGUGACGGCCUAUGCGUGCGUGCCUUCGGCAUGAAUAGAUGGCCUACUUCUGUAGACGUUUCAGCUGUGGAGAAUUCCACUAGCGACUGGAAAUUCCUCAGAAUGCCACAAGGGGGAGCUGCUCCUGCCCUGAGCCCAGCUGUACUGAGAGUGCUACAUUCAGAGUGUUCUGAUUUUAUUGUUGUCAUGGGGUUUUCUUGAAUCCAAAGUACCAGGGGGCCUCGGUUGCACAGUAAACGGGGGUGUUCUGUGAUUGUGGCUAUAGUUCAGGUGCUUGUACAGCUAUGUUCAGGUGUGAAAUAUUUCAGUUCAGAGUAAUGAAGGUGUUCCUGUUCUUCUGGUUACUGCUCUGUAGUAUCCUUUUUAAAAUAAAGCACUGAAAGGAGAAACCUUCAGACUAAGAUUAAUCUUUAUUCGGUGUAAAACAUUUUCACAAUUUUAGAAAUGCAUUCAAUGAAAAAGCCUACAUUUAGCAAUUCACUGACACUGUGUUGUUGAAGACACACAUGUCCUUGGCCUAAAAAACAAUCUUCAUAUAUUUGUUGCUCUCCAUGUUAUAUUACUGCUCUGACAAACCAAAGCCGUGGUCUGGAGAAAAUCAUGUAUCAUGAUAUGCGUCUUACAGAAAUCAAAAACAUUUUAGUGUUGGCUCAGUUCUUCAAUAUUCUGAAACUUCUGUCAUUCUUGGAAUGUUAAAGUCCAUGGUUAUUAAGCUGCUGUAAAGAGUUGAAUCAGUGAUUGGUACCGUACACAUUAGAAAAAAUAACAA